AUGGCGGGGAGGGGCUCGUCUGUGUCUUCGCUGCCUCGGGGGCACUCCCCCACGGUGCAGGGCAGCCGCAGAGGGCCCCUCCGCAGCAGCAGCAGUAGCAGCAGCAGCAGCAGCUGCAACAAGGCAUCACCGGCCAUGGGGGGCCCCCCAGAGGGUACCAAGCUGGUAGAGGGGGGCCCCCGUAGGGGCCUCCUGCGAGGCUCGCGAGCUGGAGGCACUCGCAUGAGGCCCCUUGCGGAAGCACAGUCCUGCAGCAGCAGCAGCAGCAGCAGCAGCAGCAGCAGUAACAGCAGCCUUGGGGCCCUCAGUGGUGCUGCAUUGUCCCCUGCUGGACUUGCUAGUGACCCUCAGCAGCAGCAGCAGCGGAAGCUCCGAGGACAAUCAAUUCUGUCUCCAGCUGCUGGCAGCAGCAAGGGGACAGCGAAGAGCAGAGGGGCUCGCAACCUCGUUUCUCCUCAGCGCAGCAGCAGCAGCAACAACAACAGCAGCAGCAACAACAGCAGCAGCAGCAGCAGCAGCUCAGCCGAGAUGGAGGUGGACCAAAAGGCUUCACCGCCCCUGGGGGCCCCUGCUGCUGCUGCUGCUGCUGCUGCAAAUUCACGCAAGUUAAAGCAGCAAAGAGUCGCUAGUGGGGCCCCCAUACCAUCUCCAGGGGGGCCCCCAGCAGCAAACAGGAGCACAAGCAGCCGCCGGAGGAAACCUCCGCAAAGCAGCAGGAGCAGCAGCAGCAGCAGGGGGCUUACUGCAGCAGCAGCAGAACAGCAGCAGCAGCAGCAGACCAGCAGCAAAACCCGUGCAUGCACUCCUGUGCGUCAAGGUGCCUCUACAGCCGACAACAACAGCAGCAGCAGCAGCAGCCAUGAACCGAGCAGCAGCAGCAGCAGCAGCAGCAGCAGCGACUCAGAGUAUGAUGAAGAUUCAAAGGGGGCCUCCAGCCGCAAGGGGGCCCCCAGAAAGAAAGGGUGCAGCCCUCUGCUGCAGCGAUCGGUAGCAGAUAAGGUGUCUUUGCUGCAGCAGCAGACGUUGUCGCUUCCAGCAGCAGCGCCCGCAGCCAGCAGCAGCAGCAGCAGCAGCAGCAGCACUGCAGCAGCAGCAGCACUCGUCAGUGGGGGCCUUAUAUCUGGCUUAACUUUGUCUUCUUCCCCACUAAGAGAGGCCCCGGGCCUAAGACGCAAAACCCCUUCUUUGCUGCAGCUAGCGGAGUCUUCACCUAUCAGCAAACACCAGCAGCAGCAGCAGCAGCAACAGCAGCAACAGCAGCUGUGUGGAUCUGCAGAUCAGGAGAGCGUUGAUGCUGCUGCUGCACCUGCAGCAGCAGCAACAGCAGAAACAACCGCAGCAACAGCAGCAGCAACAGCAGCAGCAGCAGCAGCAGUUGAUUCCGAAACAGAUUUGCUGACAAAGACAGCACAGAAUGAGGGGACGGGGGCCCUCGGAGACACCGAGGGAAUUGUGGCUGUGCUGCGUCUUGCUGCAGCUGCAGCAGCAGCAGAACAACCCCAUACGGCAGCAGAAACAGCAGCAGCAGCAGCAGCAGCGGGAGAGGCUUGCUGCAAGUUGAGGGCCGGAGACAUCAUUUACUUAGGGGGCCCCAACUGGAAGGGCCCAUUCCCCCUUCACUGCUUGAAGUGUGGGGGGGCCCGCGAGGUCUCUAUCGAAGCAAAAGAAGCAAACGAAGGAAGUGCUGAGGGCCUCCAGUUGCUGCUGACGUCUGCAGACAGCAGCUGCCCCCAUCGUCUUCACCACGGAGAAAUCAUCAGCCUCUCGAAAUUGCCGGAGGCACCCCCUCACGAAUGCGGCCUUCGGCUGCAGGUCCUGUUCAUGGGCAAGCAGCAGCAGCAGCAGCAGCAGCAAAAGCAGGAAGAAGCGCAACAGAAACAGCAGCAGCAAGAAGUGCAGCAGCAGCAGCAGCAACAGCAGCAGCAGCAGCAACAGCCGGACACCCACAGCGGUGGAGCUGUGGUUUCGCUGCUGCGUUCAUUCAUGAAGCCCUUCGUUAGAGCUGCUGGCGGCGAGCAGCAGCAGCAGCAGCAGCAGCCACAGCAGCAGCAGCAAGAAGAAGAGGUGCAGCAACGUGUAGAGGAGCAGCAGCAGCAGCCACAGCAGCAGCAGCAAGAAGAGCAGCAGCAGCAAGAAGGCCAAGACACGGAGAUUUGGUUUGAUGCGGUGACAUCGCAGCGCAGCAGUCCCUUUGUCUCUUCUACUGACCUGCAGCAGCCCCAAUUAAGCAGCAGCAGCAGCAACGGCAGCAGCAGCAGCAUGGAAGCAGAUGCUGCAGAAGCAACAGAAGCAGCAGAAGCAGCAGAAGCAGCACCUCAAGCAGCAGAAGGGAAGCUGGUUUUGCUGCAGCUUGUUGAAGUCUUAGAGAGCCAAGCGAAAACCAACAAGACGCAAGACCACGCCAACCCCAGCAGCCCGCUGCUGCGGCCUGUGGCUGAUCUUCGGGGCCCUUCUCAGUCUCAGCAGGGCCGGGGCCCCUCCGAGGUUUCGCCUUUGCGCAUGCAGGGUUGGGGGCCCCUAGAGGGUAGGCGGGGGGCCCCCAAAAGCCCUUUGAGGGUUCAUGUGGGGGCCCCUGAAGUUGUGUUAGAAGUUGCUGCUGAGGCGGUGGUUUCUUGGGAUGCAGAUAUAGGGGAAGUCAGGCGUUUGGUUCAGCAAGUCUUAGAGCGGAGAUAUGGAGCAUCGCACAAUGCUGAAUUUGAUUUAUUAUCGAGGCCGUCGGUCUCAUCUAAGGAAGGAGGGGUUGGGGGCCCCCAGGGGCCCCAAGGGGGCCCCCCUGGGGGCCCCCCAGCGGGGCCCCUGGAGGCGCGGUGGGUCUUUGAACUUCCAGCAGUGGAGGGCCCCUCAGUACCGUUUGCUGCUGAUUGCAUGCGUUUGGGGGCCCAGGGGGCCCCCUUGCAGCCCGACGAGGGUUCUUGUUUGCUUAAGAGCGCACUCGCUGCUUACUUCAGGGUUAGAGGGGCCCCCCCUAGGGCCCCCCCCGUUGACCCUGCGAGUGCUGCUCCCCCGUCUGAGCCUGCAGCACCAGCAGCAGCAGCAGCAGCAGCAGCAGUAGAUCCGCAUAUAUCUCAAGCCCUUCAGGACCUAAGGAGGCCCAGCGAGGAGUUAAAUGCCUUAGACGAAGAUAUCUCUUCACCAGAUGCAGAUAUUAUACACCCCAGUUCUCCCCUCAUACAAAACGGGGGCCCCCAUGAUGCCCCCCUUGGGGGGCCCCCACAGGGGCCCCCCGUAGAGACACUUCAGGGGCCCCGAAAGUCUGUAGAGACAGCCCAGACACAUCACCAGCAGACAGUUGGAGGGCCCUCUUCCUUAGAAACGCCUGAGGGGGGCCCCCCUCCUUCUUCAGAAACGGCUCAAGGGGGCCCCCCUCCUUCUUCAGAAACGGCUCAAGGGGGCCCCCCUCCAUUAGAAGUACCUAAGGGGGCCCCCCCUUCUUUAGAAGCACCUCAGGGGGCCCCCGAGGAGUCAUCUUCCUUUCAGGCAGCAGAGGUUGGGGGGGGGCCCCUGACAGACACUGCAAAAGCAACAGCCCAAGAGCUUGAGCUCUCUUCUGAUGCUGCAGCUUUACAAUCGAAGGGGCCCCCAACCCCCGUAGACUAA